AUGCGACACCAAGCUCAGCAGACAGCCCUGCCUUCCACCAGCACCAAUCAUGCUUGGCUUACACUGUCCCUGGAUGCCGGUCCAUCAGGGACCUCUACUCUGCCAUCUGUGCAGAAUGUGGACUUGGAUGCAGUAGUUGGACAGCUCCCGCUGACUGUGUCCACUGGAAGCCUGUCACAAGUGUUCCGAUCGCCGAAGGCAUCGUCUGCACAACACCAGGGUGGGGGCUGUGAAAGUGGCAAGAAGGGAAGGGGGAAAGAGAGCAUGUACAACAGAAGUUUGGGUGCCCUGCCUGGACUGGCUGGCGCUCCCAGCGUCCUGCAGUCCAUACUCCACGAGAAGGACCGACAAGUGCGCCACCAAAUCCGGUGGCUCAUAUUCCUCCAUCACGUUGAGCACUGCAGCCAGACCGACGACACCUGCGAGGCGAGCGAGGUGUGCAGGGAGGGGAGGAAGCUGCUGAGGCACGUCGGGAAGUGCAAGGACUGGCAUUGCAUCUAUCCGAGCUGCCUGAGGGUCAGGAAUUUGAGGGAGCACUAUCACCAGGCUUGCAAGGACCGUUGCUGCUGUGUAUGUGGACCGGUGAGGGAAGCGCUCAAGCGCAAGCGGAGCAGGGCCGGGACGCCAGAUGAUUGUGAACCACCAUCGCAGAUACCCAGAAUCGCGGACGCUGAGGAAGCGGCAGCGGCAAGUGGGUCUAAAGGCGGGACGCGGCGGCCUUAG